CUUGUUUAUUUCGUACUUCACUCCUCUUUAAGUUGCCUAACCUAAAAUAAAAACAAUUAUCAUGUUUAUAAUUGUAGUUAAAUUAAAUAAUUAUUAAUAAGUAAUACAGAAUUUCGUUAUUGGUGUACAAUAUAAAUUAAGAUGAAUCAAGCUGAUGUAUCAAAAUUAGUGUCUCAAUUACGUAUAAAAGUAAAUCCUAGGUUGAGGAGAUUUAGUAAUCCUAAUGGCCCAGCAGGUCGCCUUGAUAAACUACGAAAAACAGUUACUGGAUUGAUUAAACAUGAACGUAUAGAACUAAAUUAUCCACGAGCUGAUGAGGCAAGAAUGUAUGCUGAACGUCUUAUUUCUGAUGCAAUAAGAUAUGGGGAUUGUCAUCGUACAACAAUGGAAAUGGCUGAUUUCUGGAUUAUAGAAAAACAGCUUAUACAUAAGUUGUUUAAAGUGCUUGUGCCUCGAUUUCAAGAUUGCAAUACUUCUUAUACUCGUCUAUAUAAAGUACCUAGUCCAUAUCCUAUAAUCUACAAAAGAGAGGAUUGUUAUAGAAAAGCUGUGCUGGAAUUACGUGGUAAUCCAUAUCCAAGUCUUUUACCAGACAAACAAUAUAACAAAAAUAUUAUCCACAAUAUAUUACUGGAGGAAGCGAAAAAAGAAUACAGAAUGCAAAAGUAUGCAGAAGUAGUAGCAAAUACAGAGGAAAAAGGUAAAUGCCAAACAGACUCUCCUGAUGAGAAGCUAGAAACAAGUAGUGAUAUUUCAAGCAAACCAGAGUCUAAUAAAGAUGAACACACUACAUAAACAAUUUAACUUGUGUUUAUUUGUAUCAUAAAAAUCGAAAGCCACUGUCAUUAUUUUUUAAGAUCACUUACAUGUAUAAUUUAUGUACAAAUUACAAAGAAACAACUGUUUAA